AUGUCUGGUACUGCUAAUGGAACCAACGGGACUGCUGGGGAUCAGCCUGCGGCUAAUGUCACGGGUCAACUGGCUGCACUCGCUGCACCAACUUUGCCUAGUAACAUAAGCGCAGCACUUUCGCCUGACAAAUUCGAUGGCACGAAUUUCAAGCAGUGGCAACAGAAGAUGCACUUCUUCCUUACCACGCUGAACCUGGCAAAAUAUCUUGUUGAGACAAAGCCUGAGGUGCCUGCUACUCAAGAGGCAAACCCAGAUCCACGAGUACACAUGACUCUGGAGAACUGGAACCAAGGAGAUUUCCUGUGCAAAGGUUACAUUCAAAGUCGCCUGGUGGAUCAACUGUUCAAUGUGUACAGUGAGGUCAAAACAUCCAAGGAGCUGUGGGAAGCCUUGGAUAAGAAGUACAAGACGUUCAAUGUGGGCUCAGGAAAAUUUGCUGCUGCAAAAUUUCUCAACUUCGUAAUGGUGGACUCAAAACCCAUCAUGGACCAAGUGCAUGACCUGCAGAUGAUACUCCAAGAGAUAUCAGAUGAAGGGAUGAAGAUCUGUGAGACUUUCACAGUGAAUUGCUUCAUUGAGAAGUUACCCCCUGGAUGGGCAGACUUCAAGAACUAUCUUGCCUUCAAGCAAAAGGCAUUGACUUUGGCCAACUUGGUUUCCAGGCUGCAGAAUGAGUCACUGAAGCGUGAAAAAGCUGAACCAGUUCAGACUCAUGAUGCAAAUGUGGCCGAAUUUCGCAACAAACCUAAAGGCAGGUUUAACCCCAACAAGGGUGCACUCAACAAGGUUGCUAAUCAGGCCUCCACGGGCUUUAAGAAACAGGCCCAAGCCCACCAAUUCCCAAAGAAGAAAUCUGGAUUCUCAGGGAAGUGCAAUCACUGUGGCAAGGUUGGACAUCGCGGAGCCGAUUGUCGCAGCAAGGCCAAGGAGAAAAACCAAGCCAACUUGACAGAGUCUGACAUGGUGGCUGUUGUUACAGAAGCCAACAUGGUUGAAGAGAAUCCGGCACUAUGGUGGUAUGACACUGGUGCUACCACACACAUCUGCAUUGACAGACAGAUGUUCAGCACAUACCAGAAAAGCAAGGGAGAUGAUCGUCUGCUGAUGGGAAAUGUGUCCCACUCCAAGAUUGAAGGCACUGGAAAGGUGGUCCUGAAGAUGACAUCUGGAAGAGAGCUCACACUCAACAAUGUGAAGCAUGUUCCAGACAUGAGGAAGAAUCUGAUUUCUGGCACUCUGAUGAGCAAGCAUGGAUUCGCCAUCAACUUUGAGUCUGACCAGCUGAUUCUCAGGAAACAUGGUGUUUUUAUAGGAAAAGGUUUUGUUAAGGAUGGACUGAUUAAGAUGUGUGUAUCUCCAGUCCAAAGAAACAAUGUUGUACCUGUUUCCAAUGAUUUGAUUAAUAAGAAACCAGUUACUUAUUUGGUUGAGUCUUCUAAUAUUUGGCAUGAAAGAUUAGGACAUGUAAAUUAUAAGUCCAUUGAAAGACUUAUGAAUUUGAACCUAAUUCCGAAAAGCAAAAUAAGCAAAGACAAAUGUGAGAUAUGUGUACAAGCAAAACUCACUAAAACACCAUCUCCUCAUGUCGAAAGAACAACUGAACCUCUGGGACUAAUACACACAGAUUUGUGCGACUUGAAAUAUGUACAAACCAGAGGGGGCAAAAAGUAUUUUGUGACUUUCAUAGAUGAUUGUACAAGAUACUGCUACGUCUACUUGCUGCGUAGCAAAGAUGAAGUUUUGGAAAAAUUCAAGGAGUACAAGACUGAAGUUGAAAAACAACUGGGCAAAACCAUUAAAAUGGUUAGAAGUGAUAGAGGAGGUGAGUAUGAUGGACCUUUCAAUGCCUUCUGUCAAGAGAAAGGCAUCAUACAUCAGACCACUGCUCCCUAUUCACCAGAAUCUAACGGAGUUGCAGAAAGAAAGAAUCGAACUCUGAAAGAGAUGAUGAAUGCAAUGUUGCAGGAAUCUGGGCUACCGCAGAAUCUGUGGGGGGAAGCUCUGCUAGCCACAAACUAUAUCCUCAACAAAAUACCACACAAAGUAACUGGCAAAACGCCAUAUGAGUUGUGGAAAGGUUCAGAACCUUCUUACAAAUACUUGAAAGUGUGGGGGUGCUUAGCAAAAGUUCAAGUACCGCCUCCUAAGAAGGUUUCGAUUGGGCCUAAAACGGUGGACUGUAUUUUCAUUGGAUAUGCGCACAACAGUAGUGCUUAUCGGUUUCUGGUACACAAAUCAGAUAUAGCCGAUAUCCAUGCAAAUACAAUAAUCGAAUCAAGGAAUGUGUCAUUCUUUGAGAAUAUCUUUCCAUGUAAAGAUAGGCAGAAGCUGAAGCGAACUCAUGACGCAAUUGUGCCUGCGAAUGAGGCUAGUACAUCUGGUACUUCAGUAAAUGAAGCAGAAGAAAAUGAAGUUGAACCUAGGCGUAGCAAGAGAGUUCGUAAGGACAAAUCAUUUGGUGAAGAAUACUUAGUGGUAUUUCUCUGUGAGAAUGAACCAAGGACAUAUUCUGAAGCCAUGUCUACACCAGAAGCAGACUUAUGGAAAGAAGCUGUAAACAGUGAAAUGGAUUCUAUUCUGCAGAACCAUACUUAUAUAAUCACUGAUUUACCUCCAGGGUUUAAAGCUUUAGGAUGUAGAUGGAUCUUCAAAACGAAGAUCAAAACUGAUGGAGCUAUUGAUAAGUACAAGGCAAGACUUGUGGUGCAAGGAUUCAGACAAGUCGAAGGUCUAGACUUCUUUGACACUUAUUCUCCGGUGACGAGAAUAACUUCAAUCAGAAUAUUGAUAGCUAUUGCAUCUCUGAGAGACCUGGAAAUCCAUCAGAUGGAUGUAAAAACAGCUUUCCUUAAUGGUGAUUUAGAAGAGGAAAUCUAUAUGAAACAACCUGAAGGUUUCGUGACACCAGGUCAAGAACACAAAGUUUGUAAACUUGUGAAAUCGCUGUAUGGAUUGAAACAAGCUCCGAAGCAAUGGCAUGAAAAAUUUGACCAUGUGAUGAUGUCAAAUGGAUUCAGUAUCAAUGAAUGUGACAAAUGCAUCUACGUCAAAAACACUCCCAGCGGGUACGUUUUGCUGUGUCUGUAUGUUGACGACAUGCUCAUCAUGGGCAGUAACAAGGAUAUAAUCCAACAAACCAAGAACAUGCUUAAGGGUCAGUUUGACAUGAAAGACAUGGGUCUUGCGGAUGUUAUUCUUGGUAUUAAGAUCACAAGGACUUCUGAGGGUAUCACCUUAUCUCAGGAGCAUUAUGCUGAAAAAAUACUUGAGCGUUUCAAGAAUUAUUCGAAUGGAACUGCGAAAACUCCAGUGGAUACACAACUGCACUUGACUAAGAACUCUGGUGAAGCAGUGUCACAAGUUGAGUAUGCAAGGGUUAUUGGAAGUCUGAUGUACUUAACCAAUUGUACCAGACCGGAUUUAGCACAUGCAGUGAACGUAUUAAGUCGUUACACAAGCAAUCCUGGUCAUACACACUGGAAAGCCAUAACAAGAGUGUUAAACUAUGUGAGACACACUAAAAGUUAUGGAUUGCACUAUGGUAAAGAACCUGCAGUCUUGGAAGGAUACAGUGAUGCAAACUGGAUAUCAGACUCAAAGAACUCAAAGUCCACAAGUGGAUAUGUCUUUACACUAGGAGGUGCAGCAAUAUCUUGGAAAUCUUCCAAACAAACUCUACUGGCAAGAUCAACAAUGGAAUCUGAGUUCAUCGCUUUAGAUAAAGCAGCAGAGGAAGCAGAGUGGCUUCGGAAUUUCUUGGAAGAUAUUCCAAUGUGGGAGAAACCAGUACCGGCACUGCGUAUACAUUGUGAUAGCCAGUCGGCUAUAGCCCGGGCACUGAAUACUCUCUAUAAUGGCAAAUCUCGUCACAUCAGGAGACGACAUAAAACCAUUAGACACUUGAUCACAACCGGUGUAAUCUCGGUCGAUUACAUUAAAUCAGCUGAUAACCUAGCGGAUCCGUUUACAAAAGGUUUGACAAGAGAUCAAGUUUUGAAAUCAUCUAAGGGAAUGGGUCUUUUGCCUAUGACAAAAGAGGAUGUUUGA